AUACUCUCUCUUAUGUUUAAACAAGAUUGGAAAUUAAAAAUAUAAUGCCUCUGCUUUCUUUCUUUCUUUCUUUAUUCCUAAUACAAAAUACAUCUAUUGCAAAUUUGGUAGUUUUAAAAUUCCCAGUACUGUCAAGUGCCUUCUAAAAUUACCAAAGGUAGCUAUUUCAUCUAAUGAAACUACCAUGCACUAGUGACCAAGGUGUCCCACAUUACUUCAUUACAUAUUAUAUAUCCCUUCAAACUAUUAUACCAUUUUUCUGCUUAUAAUGCAUUUUCUAAUGUUUCGUUCGGUAGGAAGGAAAAAAAUUAGAUGAAAGGGAGAGAAGAAGGGGAUGAAUGAAACAUUUUUGGAGAAGAGAUUAUGUUGUUCCCUCUUUUUGUUCGAUUGUAUGGAAGAGAAAAGAGAAACAGACAAUUUACUUUGAUCAGAUUAUAAGUUGUUUUUUUCACUAAACCUAUAACUCACUUUAUUUGUGGAUUUUAUUGAGUAUUUAUGAAGCAUGAUAUGGUAAUUUAAAACUUCUAUAAUAGGCUCACUUAUCUGCUCUCAUCUUGCAGCUUAUAUUUGGAUGGAUGAAAAUUUGUGAAGGAGGAAUGAUGAAUUGUCCAUUUUAUUAUUUUAUCUUUUCUUAUAUAAUCUCUACCGAACUAAGGAAGUUUGUUUAUUCCUUUUUAUUUUCUUUUCACCCAUGUUUCUUUCUUCCUAGAACAAAGCAUAAAGAAAAAUGAUAAAUAAUCCAACUUUUGAGUUACCAGACUAUUUUAUUUGAGUGAGGCCGACAUUCUCACAAUAUCAUCAAUCAUAAUGAUACCAUCAUUCAUUCAUAUAAAUGUGUGUCCAACUUUCGGACUCUUAUCCCUACUUUCAUCCUUUAUUCAUAUAAAUGUGUGUCCAACUUUCGGACUCUUAUACCUACUUUCAUCCUUUAUUCAUAUAAAUACACUCGAAUAGGUUUAACUUUCGGACCCUGCAUCACUAACUCAACAUUAACUCUUUUUUAAAAGAAUUCAACAUUCUGCCCUCCUUCUAAGUUCCUAAUGAAGAAACCUCCACAUUGAAUUGCCCAACCCAUGUUCCAACCACAUCAAUGGUUCAGAAUCAUUAUGACACAACUUAUCCAUAGCAUCAAUAUCCUACUUUUCAAGAUCUUGAAGUCUAUUGGUACAAAAAGGCAAAACCAAUUUCCAUCAUACAAAUGGUACUCAAAUUUGUGAUAUUAGAGUUUGCAAUAACAACUACUAUGACUACAUUGUUUAAAGGUUGAUAAAUCCUUCCUUUGGUCGUUUCCUUAUUUUCAAACCAAACAUGAAAUAAAUUAUUGCUGUGUUUGGCGGCAUGGAAUUGUUGGAACUGGAACUGGUAGAAUUGAAAAAAAAAAAAAAAAAAAUUAAUUUAAUAUUCUGCGUUACUUUUCUCCAAUUUACAAAUUUCAAUUCAAAGGCUCUAAUUCUAUGCCCGUCAAACAGAGCUUAUAUAUUUCUAAUUCUUUCCCAACUUCCUCAAUCCGAAUAGAAUCUACUUUCCUCCCAAAAUUAAGAAGAAUGGGUAGAAAUUGCAAGAAAUAAUAAUUAUACAUGUUAGUAAUCUUUGAGAAACUUUUUACCCUCACCAUCCAAUAUUCACGUUAAUUAAAGUGUACAUAUUAAAUGGUCAAUCAGUUUAGAGUGAAAAAAAAAAAAAAAAAAAAAAAAAAAAAAAAAAAAAAAAAAAAUGAAGGAAAAAGAAAAAAAUCACUUUAGAAUCAUUUAGAAAAUGGAAGAAUUAGAAUCUUCAAAUCUAUAGUAAAGGCCUUCAUACAAAUCAUAUGAUAUGUUCGGCUCACUCAAUAGGGCAUCACAAGUGUUGUUUGGUGUCUCAGGUUCGAUUCUUGGGCACGGCAUGUUGGGUGCGAUGACGUGAUGCGUAAUUUCUUAUGAUCUCAUCAUUACUAAUGAAUGAGAUUAAUUGAUGACAAUGCGCCUUAACAGAGCACUCACCCCAAUCAUAUUUUAGAGUAUGUUUGAGAUUGCUGUCGAACCAUUUACUAAUUUUUAUUCUAAACAUAUUUAGUAGCUCAUAUAUAUAUAUAUAUAUAUAUAUGUAUUUUAGGCUUCUAAACGUAUUUAGUACCUCAAGAAAAAAAAAUUCACUUUUUAAGUGGGGAAGAUUUUUGCUCGCUAGAGUUUUUAAAUGAAACUAAUUUUUUAGCGAAUAAAUUAGUUUUUUUUUUUUUUUUUUGAAAUGUUCUGUUAAUAGAAAUCCUAAAUAAAACAAAAGCGCGGGAAAAGUCCGACAGUUUUAGGGUUCCGGUGCCCCCAAGACACAAAAUCACUAGGGCUCACACUGUUUGGCGAUCGUAAAAUUGGUGGAUCGGGAGUGAAGUCCAUGGAUGGGGAUAGAGGUUCGGAGAUGGGAACCGUCGGAAAUCUCGAUCUCAGCCGUCGCGAGUCGACGGUGGAUCUGACGGGGCAGAUUCAUCAGCUCCCGUGUUGCAUCAAAUAUGAUGGACCUUCCUCUGUUUCUGACUACUUCAAGCCCAAACCAACUGGGAUUGAGGUUGAGGGUCUGAAUAUGGAGGAAGCUUACUUCAGAGGGAGGAAGUUACAAGGAACAACCUUUUCCCUUCCCCAGGGCUAUUCUGGUUUUGUCUUAGGGAAGAAGAAUUUGGAGAACAAAAAAGCUUCUGAUAUACCUGAAGUAAACUCAAAUUGUUGGGAGAUGAAUGCAGAGUUUAAAAACAUUACAUUGUGGAAUCAUGAUAAUCUUCCGUCACAAGAUGAUGCUUUCUUGCGUUCUUUUCACUGGCUUGCUGUUGCAAAAGCACUGCAUCAGCCGGUGACAGCCGAAGAUUUGGAAUCAGCAUCUGCUGCUCAGGAGCUAAAGAAAUAGACCGAUCAGAGGGUGCAAGCAAGGAACUGUUAUUUAUCAUCCCAUGUUUAAGUGCACUUCUCAUUUGGUACAUUGUCCAAUUAUAAGCAAACAGUCUCUCCAUGACUGUCUCUAUGUAGAUCUCCUUUAGGUGAGCCCAUUGCUGUUGUCUCCCAUCUUCGGCGUGUAAACUGUAAACCCCUUCUAAUUUCUAAGCCUGAACCAUUGAGAAUGGUUCGGGAUUCGUCUUCUUUGUAAACUACUGAGGCACAACCCAGAUUAAUCUCUUCUAUAUUUCAGAUUAGCACCAAGUUAGUUCAGCUUA